ACUUAAAAUUGUAUCGCUCAUAAGUUCAGUUGCGGCCUCCAUAAAAUGGGGGUACAUUGUAAACGAAUUUGCGAAUAUCAUCAACUGUGCGAUAGUAAUUUAGAUUUUAAAAUUUUCAAUGAAUGUUGUACGUGUCAAAAGUGGCUGUUUUAUGGCACAGAUACGAAUUUGUCGUUGAUUGUGUCAGUUGAGGCAUUUAAUUGAAAAUUUUCGGAAAACUUUCAUGUGAUUUUUCGGUUAGAGGCAUCAAAACGUAUUUUCAAAUUUGAAAUAACUUGCGAAAGGAAAGGUUAGGACAACGGAAACUUUUAGAAUCAGCUGAUCAAGAGUGAAUGAAAUUACGACAAAGUAAAAGUUAAAAAAAAACGUAAUGGAGAAAAGUGAAACUGAUAGACAUUAUUAUAUAUGCAUCUGUGCUAUAUUUUUAAUCGUUGCAUUGUAAACAUUAACGUAAUUCGAUAUGCACAUCACUGCACAUAUAACCGAUCAAACGAAGGACAACUACACCACUUCACAUCGAUAACGAACAAACACAGGAUGUUGAAGAUUUUUUGCUUUGCCUUCAAUGAAAUUUCUCGAGCAUAACAAGCAGCGUAAACCUUAUGAUAUUGUCUAAAGCUAAGAGAAGCAUCGUCAUAUACCGUCAUCCACAAUCACAAUUUCGUCGGAAAAUGUGCCAGAUAAAUGUGGCGGUGGCAUGCGUUCUUUUGACAUUAUUUCAAGCUUUCAAUGAUGUCAGCUGCGGGCAUAAAGAUGUAACAGCGGCAAGACUGGAAAAUGUUACACAAACCAUUACAAGAAUAUUGGAAGGAUAUGAUAUUCGAUUGCGACCGAACUUCGGAGGUGACCCACUUCAUGUAGGAAUGGACCUAACAAUAGCUAGCUUUGAUUCUAUAUCGGAAGUUAAUAUGGACUACACAAUUACAAUGUAUCUGAAUCAAUACUGGAGAGACGAGCGGUUAGCAUUCAGUCCAUAUAUUCAUGAAAACGGCGAUUCUCACGGAGAUAUGUUGACAUUGUCUGGUGAUUUUGCUGAAAAAAUUUGGGUUCCUGAUACAUUUUUCGCAAACGACAAGAACAGUUUCCUUCAUGAUGUGACGGAACGAAAUAAAUUGGUUCGAUUAGCUGGCGAUGGAGCCGUUACAUACGGCAUGCGCUUCACUACAACGCUGGCGUGUAUGAUGGACUUACAUUACUAUCCGCUAGAUUCACAAAAUUGCACUGUGGAAAUUGAAAGUUAUGGAUACACGGUGAAAGAUGUCCUAAUGUACUGGAAACCAACUCCGGUUCGUGGGGUCGAGGAAGCAGAACUUCCUCAAUUCACAAUAUUAGGCUAUGAAACGAACGAUAGAAAGGAAGAAUUGGCAACGGGCAUUUACCAGAGACUAUCACUAUCCUUCAAACUUCAGCGGAAUAUUGGAUAUUUCGUAUUUCAAACAUAUUUACCGAGCAUAUUGAUUGUGAUGUUAUCUUGGGUGUCAUUUUGGAUAAAUCACGAAGCAACCAGCGCAAGAGUAGCCCUAGGAAUAACAACUGUCCUAACAAUGACAACGAUAAGUACCGGUGUUCGCAGCUCACUACCAAGAAUAUCAUACGUUAAGGCCAUCGAUAUUUAUUUGGUCAUGUGUUUUGUGUUCGUUUUCGCUGCCCUAUUGGAAUACGCCGCAGUGAAUUAUACUUAUUGGGGAGCUAGGGCGAAGAAAAAGCCCAAAAAGAACAAGGAAGAAAAGCAAAUAACAGUAAAAUCGAAUGACAAAACAGAUUCUUACUCGACCACCGAGGAUAUAAUUGAAUUGCAAGACGUUCGAAUGAGUCCAAUAGCAUCGCUGCGAAAUCGCCAUUACACAAACACAAUCGGAUCGACCGAAUCGGAUACAUUAGAUUUUGCAAAAUUUCCGCCUAGUUUUAGAAUUUCGCGAAAUUAUGGAACUGCGAGCCGUUGUGGUCUUCGUCAUCGCGGAACGAAAGCUACUCAACGCCCGAAAAUGUUUCAUGCCAUUAGACGUGGAGCGUCUGUGCUCAGAGCAUCUAUACCAACAAUUAAAGAUGUAAACAUCAUAGACAAAUACUCUCGAAUGAUAUUUCCAGUUAGUUUUCUUGCGUUUAAUGCCGGCUACUGGAUAUUUUAUGUAUUAGAAUGAUCUUAAGAGAAGUUAAAUGAAAGAGCCGCUUCAAAAAUGUCCGUACCUUCAACAAAACAAUGUGUUUAACGUUUGUGUAAAUUGGCAUCAAUUGUUCACAUUUCAAGGCUUGGGACAGGUCAGAUCUUGUUUGGAACCUGAAAUUAGGCUGAUCUGAUUUGUUUUUUUUUUGUUCGAAAUGUCUGACUUGUACAAAUUGUUGAUGUCUAUGGUUGGUUUUGUCUCAAAUUUGUUGGUUUUAUCCAAGAUACCAAGAAAAUUGCACCAAAACUCAAAAUUUUAUUUUUCGAAAAUGUUCGGUUUAUUCUAUGGUUUAGUAGCCUACAAUCACCUCACUAUAACCGUUCCCAAAUAAUAUUUUGUGUGGGUUUACCGCAUUCGAUUUCGAAAUUUUGUUGGGUUUUCUGGCUAAUCUCUCUAAUCUACCAACAGUAACAUCAAUGUCAGGUGUUUCGACAAGAAAAUCAAAGGAAAUAUUUCACCCACUCUAUUUGAUCUAUCUGAAAUCUGAAAAUUGUAAAUUCAGGUAAAUCAGACUCCCUGUAAAAUUCUAGCCUGGACUGUUUACGAUCAGAUUACAGAUUAGGUCAGGCCAUGAACACAUGCCAAUUCGGGUGUAUCUGAUUGCAUGUAACCCGAUUUUCAGGUUUAGAACAAGGCCACUUUCAUUGUAAUUUUGCCAAUAAUUUUUCUCGCCCCCCUGUUUCUUUUCUCUUGUGAGGUCACGCGCUAAAAUAGUAUAAUAAAUACAGAAAAACAAAACUAUGUUCCUAUUAGUUAGAUUGAAUUAACUGACGAUGACAUUUGAUUUUGAGUAUGCGGAUUUACGGUAUAAAUUGAAAUAAGGGUAAAAACGCAACACAAAUUUUGCAGCCAAAAGAUUUUUUUUGUGAAUAUAUUUGGGGGGACACGACAUGGAUUUUCCUGAUCUACAAGAGCAAUACCCUCUCUAGCAACCUAACUACAUUUAAUAAGGUGGUAUUAAGGAUGUAAAAUUGGAAAUUAGUCAACAGUGUAUGUUUCUACAAACGAAAGAAUAAUGUGGUAUUUUGACAGCGUCAAAACGAAGUUUGUUUGCUAGAGAGGGUAAUGACAAUUUUUUUUAAUUUAAAAUUUCAAAAAUGUGAAAGAAACAUUUUGGCUGCAAAAAGUACCUUGCUCACUUUUAAGAUCGAAAUCGAGAGGCCGGACCACUAGCCAAUUUCCACACAUAAAUCUUCAAUAAAAUAUUACAAAUUCCAUAUGCUUGCCACACUAAUUUAAUUAGUGGUUGCCCUUUUGCUAAAAUUUACUAAAAAAAAUUACGCGGAAAAUGGAACCAAACAAGAGUUUAGUCUUGGCCCCCUCGUUAUUUUAAGUAGAUCCUAUUAAUUAUCGGGUAAUGUGGAUGAUUUUAAGAAACAUCAAUGAAUAUUUCUUUUUAUCUGAGUGACGAUUGGGAGGUGAUUGUGAAUGUGUAAACGAAAUGAUCAUUUUCAUAAGAAGUAAUUUCGAAAGCGUAACUUUGGAAGUACUGAUUACUGACAACAAAAUGUAAGUCAGCGAUCGCAACGCUAUAUUCUGUUGGGGAGCUUUCCAUUUACAAACUUUCCCUCAUCAUUAGGAGGUGAAUUAAUUUGUAUGUUACGCUCUUAGAAAUAAUCUAAAUCUAUACUCUGCAUCAUAGUGCGCACAAUUUGCAAACUUUACAACUGGUCACGACAUGGGUCCAUAAAUAGCAUUAAAUUUAAUGGGGAUGAGAGCAUGACAUUAUUAAGGUAUAGCCUUUAAUAGUCCAUUGUCAAAUAGUGGAUUAUUCUUCUCAAAUAAAAAAAUGAAAAAAUUUCAGGAAAAAAAAACAAUUUUAUCAACGCAUUUCAAGCAAAAGUGGUCACAGUCGACAGCUGCCAUAUAGUGUACUAUUUUGUAUCUAUCUGACUGUAACGGGAUUUAGGUCCCUCCUUUGAAUGUAUUUACGUUCUCUGCUCUGGUUUACUUUAUACUCUGUCGUGGUACCACCAAUGCUUGAAGUGCGAGUUGAAUUCAUACAAAUUUUUCGAACUUUGAGGUAAGCUGGAAAUUGACAAUGUCUUUGGCAUCUCAAACGACAUUGAGGAUCUAUUUUUGACAUUGAGCGACUUUGUCUGAACAUUGGGAUAAAUCUUUUGACAUCAUUUAUGUAUGGACUGGACGUAUGUACUUAUUUGUAAUGUCGUUGAUUCAACUAAUCUAUUUUAAAAUCUCUGUCAACACUGCGCUUGUGGACGAAAGUUGAUAUUUUUUGUUGGAAGAAAGAAGUCUACAUCUACCAUAGAAAUUACGAUUCAAUCAAACCCAAAAUCACAAACAAAACUUUAAUAGAAAAUAUUGUACCUGUUAGAAGUUUCUUGCAUAGGUCAAUGGAAUGGCAUGUUGGACAGACAGAUUGGUAUUUUCCAUAUUGGUGGAGGAGUGCUCUUAGCAUUAACAUAAAGAAAUAUUUGGUUGCUGAUGAAAUCAACAUAGGCGCUGCUGCAUUUCUCUCGUUACGACAGAAGUCAAGCAUUCUUGUUGUGAGUUAUGAGCAAUCUACACUACGAUUUCCAAUGAAAAUAUGUUUUCGAUGAUAACUUUUUAUUCGAAUUAUUCUUGAAAAAAGUGGCCUCAUCGUUUGGUGUUAAAAUAUAUAAAGUAUCGAUAACCACUGGAAUUGUCCGGAUUUAUGUGGUGUACUCCGAGAAAACUAACUCCUAAAAUUUGUGAUUUGUUUGAACUUUUUAAUUUUCUUUUUAAGAACAUCAAUCUCGACAAUUUCAGUGGCUAUCGAAA